GGGGAGGGGCCUGCGCGCGGGCUGCGCGGGCGGCGAGGGGCGAGCAGCGCCCGCCGUGCUCCGCAGACUCCGCGUUCCGGGCGCCGGCUUGCUGCGGUCUCGCCACCGCCUCCUUCCGAGCGGGCUCGGUCCCGCGGCUGGAGCGAUGUGAGCCGGGGCCCGCGGGCGCGGCCGGACCGCUGCGAUGUGGCUCAAGCCCGAGGAGGUGCUACUGAAGAACGCCCUGAAGCUCUGGGUGACUCAGAAGAGCAGCUGCUACUUCAUCCUGCAGCGGCGUCGCGGGCAUGGCGAGGCGGGCGGCCGUCUCACGGGUCGCCUGGUGGGCGCUCUGGAUGCAGUGCUGGAUUCCAGUGCACGGGUCGCUCCAUUUCGAAUUCUACUUCAAGUUCCUGGGUCCCAGGUUUAUUCUUCCAUAGCAUGUGGUGAGUUACUGAGUGGAUCAGACGUUUACUGGGCCAUAGCCACUGGUGCAACAUUAGAGGAAAUAAACCAACACUGGGACUGGUUGGAACAAAAUCUCCUCCAUACCUUGUCCGUCUUUGAUAAUAAAGAUGACAUCGCCAGCUUCGUCAAAGGGAAGGUAAAGGCUCUGAUUGCGGAGGAGACGAGCAGCAGGCUUGCGGAGCUGGAGGAGGAGCCCGAGAAGUUCCGAGAGGCGCUGGUGAAGUUUGAGGCCAGGUUCAACUUCCCAGAGGCCGAGAAGCUGGUCACCUAUUACUCCUGCUGCUGCUGGAAGGGCAGGGUUCCCCGGCAGGGCUGGCUGUACCUCAGCACCAACCACCUCUGCUUCUACUCCUUCCUGCUGGGCAAGGAACUUAAGCUUGUAGUCCCUUGGGUAGAUAUCCAGAAGCUAGAAAGAACGUCCAAUGUCUUUCUGACGGAUACCAUCCGGAUCACCACGCAGAAUAAAGAACGUGACUUCUCCAUGUUCCUGAACCUCCACGAGGUGUUCAAGAUCAUGGAGCAGCUGGCCGACGUGACUCUUCGAAGGCUGCUGGAUAAUGAGGGCUUUGACCUGGACCCAGAUCUGCAAGAGCCAAGCCAGAUUACCAAGAGGGACCUGGAAGCCAGAGCACAGAACGAGUUUUUCCGGGCUUUCUUCAGGCUGCCGAGGCGAGAGAAGCUGCAUGCAGUUGUGGACUGUUCCCUGUGGACACCGUUCAGUCGCUGCCACACUGCUGGGCGGAUGUUCACCUCUGACAGUUACAUCUGCUUUGCCAGCAAAGAGGACAGCUGCUGCAAUGUCAUCCUUCCUCUCCGAGAGGUGGUGAGCAUCGAGAAGAUGGAGGACACAAGCCUGCUGCCAAACCCCAUCAUCGUCAGCAUCAGGAGCAAGAUGGCCUUCCAGUUCAUCGAGCUCAAGGACAGAGACAGCCUGGUGGAGGGUCUGCUUGUGAGGCUGAAGCAGGUGCACGCCGACCACCCUGUGCACUACAACACCUCACGAGAUGAGGACAUGACUUCCCCCAUGUUUCAUUCAACGAGUAUGUGUAGUGACCACAAGUUUGGGGAUCUGGAAAUGGUGUCUUCUCCAAAUAGUGGGGACAGUGGAACAGAGAAGAUCCCAUGGCUGUCCCCUGCAGCCCUGAUCACCAGCUGCCGGUGGUCAGCCAGCCAGAGCCCGGAUGCCAGCAUGUCCAGAGAACAGAUAAAAAUAAGCCUGUGGAAUGACCACUUUGUGGAAUAUGGCAGAACUGUGUGUAUGUUUCGCACAGAGAAGAUCCGGAAGCUUGUGGCCAUGGGGAUCCCUGAAUCUUUACGCGGCAAACUCUGGCUCCUUUUCUCAGAUGCUGUGACCGAGCUUGCCUGCCAUCCUGGUUACUACAAUAGCCUGGUGGAGGCAUCCAUGGGGAAGUGCUGCCUGGUGACGGAGGAGAUAGAACGGGACCUGCACCGCUCCUUACCAGAGCACCCUGCCUUCCAAAACGAAACGGGCAUCGCCGCUUUGCGGAGAGUCCUGACGGCCUAUGCCCACCGGAACCCCAAAAUCGGGUACUGCCAGGCCUCUGCUUCUGUGGACCUUUGCCUUUCCAGACCUCUACAGAAGUUACAGUCCAUGAACAUCCUGACCUCCGUUUUGCUGCUGUACGCCAAAGAGGAGGAGGCCUUCUGGCUGCUGGUUGCUGUGUGUGAGCGGAUGCUGCCUGACUACUUCAGCCACCGUGUCAUUGGGGCCCAGGUGGACCAGUCUGUCUUUGAGGAACUCAUCAAGGAGCGCCUGCCCGAGCUGGCGGAGCAUAUGCACGAUCUGACAGCCCUGGCACCCAUCUCGCUCUCGUGGUUCCUGACUCUGUUCCUCAGCAUCAUGCCUCUGGAGAGUGCGGUGAAUGUGGUAGAUUGCUUCUUCUAUGACGGCAUCAAAGCCAUCUUCCAGCUGGGGCUGGCUGUGCUGGAGGCCAAUGCCGAGGACCUGUGCAGCAGCAAGGAUGAUGGCCAGGCCCUGAUGGUCCUCAGCAGGUUUCUAGAUCACAUUAAGAAUGAGGAUAGCCCUGGACCCCCCAUUGGCAGCCACCAUGCCUUCUUCUCCGAUGACCAGGAGCCCCAUCCUGUGACUGACAUUGCUGACCUGAUCCGGGACUCCUAUGAGAAAUUUGGAGACCGGUCUGUGGCGCAGAUUGAGCACCUGCGCUGUAAGCACAGGGUCAGGGUUCUCCAGGGCCACGAAGACAUCACAAAGCAGAACGUGCUCCGCGUUGUUAUCCCAGACGUUUCAAUUCUUCCCGAAGACCUAGAGGAACUCUACGACUUAUUCAAGAGAGAACACAUGAUGAGCUGCUACUGGGAGCGGCCCAGGCCCUUGGUGCCGCGCCAUGACCCCAGCAGGCCCUACGCAGAGCAGUACCGCAUAGACGCCCGGCAGUUCGCACACCUGUUUCAGCUCGUCUCUCCCUGGACCUGUGGGGCCCACACGCAGAUCCUCGCCCAGAGGACUUUCAGGCUCCUGGAUGACAACGUGGACCAUCUUAUCGAAUUCAAAGCAUUUGUGAGCUGUCUUGAUAUUAUGUUUAAUGGAGAAAUGAAUGAGAAAAUUAAACUGUUAUAUAGGCUUCAUAUUCCUCCAGUUUUAAAAAGUCUUAGGAAUGCAGAUAACCUAAAACCUCUAAAACAUCAAUUUGCCAAGGCCAUGAAGAUCCACCAUACAGAGGCAGGGUACCAAACCAAGCACCUGGCCUCAAACACCCACUUGAGAGCACUUGGAACCUGCAAAGCACUCACUGAAAAUGACCAAGAUAGCCAGUCGCCAUUAAAGAAUCCUCUUUUGUCAACGUCAAGACCCCUGGUUUUGGGGAAGUCAAAUGGUGAUGCUGAUUAUCAGAAACAGCUGAAGCAGAUGAUUAAGGAUUUAGCCAAAGAAAAAGAUAAAACUGAAAAAGAACUGCCCAAAAUGAGCCAGAGAGAAUUUAUCCAGUUCUGUAAAACUCUGUACAGUAUGUUCCAUGAAGACCCAGAAGAAAAUAACCUGUAUCAAGCCAUUGCCACGGUGACCACUCUGCUGCUGCAGAUUGGGGAGGUAGGGCAACUCCACAGCAGCUCUGGGAGCUGCUCCCAGGAGUGUGGGGAGGGGCUGCAGGCUUCAGCUCUUUCUCCGGAGCAGGACUCAGUUUUUGCUGAAGCUGACACUGCCACAAUUCCCCAGGACUCCCAUGCAUUUCCUGAAGAGGCAGAAGGGGACUGGACUGUCUCCCUUGAACAUAUUUUGGCUUCACUUCUGACUGAACAACCAUUAGUCAACUUUUUUGAAAAGCCACUGGACAUCAAAUCCAAACUUGAAAAUGCAAAGACCAAUCAGUACAACCUCAAAACUGUAGAAAUGAGCCGCCAAUCACAGCCUGAACUCAAACUGAGAACUGCGGAGCAGGACGGUGGGUCACUGAGCCGAGUCGGCCACACCAAGGCACAGCCCACAGUUUCGUGGGUGAUCAGCCCCUAAGCCCAGAUCUCAGUGGAAUUCAUUUUGAAUGUUUUACAAGCUGCAUAGCCAGGUAAGAAACGUGGUGUCCACAACUGAUGCAGCCCUCAAGCAUUUCUAUUUAUUACCUGUUGGAUACUGUCAGUGCUAUGGAGUAUCCACACAUCAGGUCCCUGGAUGCUGUGACUUGCAAUUUCACUUUCAUUAGAUUUGCUGAAAUGGGCAUUUCUAGUGUGAUGCUCUAGUGCCCUUUUGUUCUCAGAUGGAACUUGAGUCAGCUGUAUCAUACUCAAUCCUGGAGAAGCCCACGCUCUUAUUUUUCACUUGGCUAAUGGGAGAAAGCAAGAAUCAAGUUCACUUUCAAGAUCUAAGAGCCCCUGUCUGUGCAAUUGUAUUAUGCUUUUCCUUGCACUAAUUUUGUUUCAAUGCUGGUAAUUGAAACCAUUUUAAUAUAUAUUUUGUUGUAUUUACUUUGUGUUCUUAUGAAAUGUGUACAAACCAUGCUUUCAAAUAUUAGCCCCAGGUUUUUUAAUAAGAAAUUUUUGUAUUGACUU